CUUAUGAUCCUUUUCCUGAGAGAAACUCUUUAAAGACCUGAUUCUCUCCAGAAACAACUGCACCCAAGAAGUCCUUCACCUCAAAGCACUUGCCAGGCCAGACAAUGCCCAUUAAACCUGGGCAAGCCUUAAUCCUGCUGCCUUCACUGGCAAAAACAGAGGCUUCUCGUUUCUCUGGGUUAGAUGCUGUCCCUGAAGGGCAUCUCUCUAAUCCUGAAGUAGCCCGCCAGCUUUUCAGGCAGUAUCGUUACCAGGUGAUGUCUGGGCCCCAGGAGACUCUGAAACAACUUCGGAAGCUCUGUUUCCAGUGGCUGCAACCAGAAGUUCACACCAAGGAACAGAUUCUAGAGAUCCUCAUGUUGGAGCAGUUCCUGACAAUUCUUCCUGGGGAGAUCCAGAUGUGGGUGCGGGAACAGUGUCCAGGUAGUGGAGAGGAGGCAGUCACCCUGGUGGAGAGUUUAAAGAGAACCCCCCAGAGGCUGUGGCAGUGGAUUAGCAUCCAUGUUCUAGGACAGGAAAUCUUACCAGAAAAAGGGAAAUAGACAAGGUGUCAAUCUGGGGAAAUAGAACCACUUAUUGAAGAGGAGCCUCAGGAACUGGGACUUCAGAAUUCAUCUUCUAGGCCUGAAAAUACACUGAGCCACAUAGUGAAAGAGGAGUGUGAUAUGGAACAAGAAUUAGUGGUGACUGCUUCUCAGCUUCCUACUCGAAUUGAUGAUAGAUACAGUAGGGACCAGGAUUUUGGAAUGUCUCUUCUCCAAACGACUCCUCAGAAAGAGUGGAGGAAACUGGAUUCCACUCAAAAGGAGCAGUACCGGGAUCUCAAGCUGGAAACCUAUGGGAAAAUUGUCUCUGGAGGACAUAGACAGGAAAAUGACAAAGAGAACCAAAACUUCGAAAAUUAUGGGGACCAAAAACUUCGGGAAGCUUCCUGUCAAGGUUCAGGAGAGGCACCUGCUCAGACUUCCUUAAGUAAACUCUUCAGAGAAGAUGAAACAAGAUGUUUUGGAGGAGAACAUAUUACCCAAACUCAGGACAGUCUUCAGGGUGAAGGAUCAGGGGAACAGCUUUCUUCUCAAGGAAGGAAUUCUGGGAAACAAGUAGGCCUUCAUGUGUCUACUCUUAAUCCAGAAGAAUUUGCCAAGUUAUGGCUUGAGGAGAAGAGAGAGGUCUCCCUGAAAGGUCAACUGAGAUCACCCAUGACCCAGAAACUCCCUACCUGUAGGGAGUGUGGGAAAACCUUCUAUAGGAAUUCUCAGUUGGUUUUUCACCAAAAAACUCACAUUGGCAAGAUAUACUUUCAGUGCCCGACCUGCAAAAGAACUUUUCUGAAAAUUUCAGACUUUGUGAAACAUCAGCGAAUACACACAGGAGAGAAGCCCUGUAAAUGUGACUUAUGUGGGAAAGGGUUUUGUAAUUUCUCAGUAUUGCGCCAUCAUAAGAAGAUCCACACAGGAGAAAAAACCUACAUUUGUCCUAUCUGUGAAAAAACUUUUAUUCAAAGAUCAAACUUUAAUAGAUGUCAGAGGAUUCAUACAGGGAAAAAAAAACCUUACAAAUGUUUCCACUGUGAGAAAAGUUUUAGCUGGAGCUCAAGCCUUGAUAAGCAUCAGAGAUCACAUUUAGGAAAGAAGACUUAUCCAUAA